CGAGAAAUCGUAUACUGUAUACAUUGUCCAUGCGAGCAAAUUUUAAUUAAUUAAGCAAUUAGUUAAGUUAUUUAUUUGUUUUUUAUCUAAUUAUGUAUUUAUACAUUUAUUUGUUUUAUAAUGUUACAUAAGCAACCCUAAAAUGGAACCCUGCCUUCACGGAACUGUGAAAUCGUUUAUUGUUUACAUACUCUGACGAAAACAAUUGUACUUGUAGUUGUGUAACUUUUCAAGACGAAACAUUCAUCCCAAGAGAAUAACCAAGACUCGUGAAAAAUGAGUCAAUUGAAGUGGCAUAUUUUGUUGCUCACGUUAUUAUGGAUGACUGACAUUUCGGAGAGUGAGCUUGGUAAGAGGUGCACAAGUUCCAGGUCUUGUUCGUACUCAUUCACCAUGAUGGAAGAACAAAUAUGCAAAGACAGAGUUUGUCGCUGUAACCCAGAAAUUGAAGUACGCUACAGUUCUGAUUUGACGCCAAGAUGUGACCAAACUUUUCACCAGUUGCUUCUCACACUCUCUGAAUGCGAGAAGAAGAACUGUUCUGAAAAUGAAGAAUGUGUUGAAAGAACUCCCGCCUUUGCUUUUGUGAAAAAAACGAAUUAUAUGUGCAUGUGUAAGGCUGGCUUUCUGCGCAUCAAUUCAACUUGUAGAGAAGCAUCUCACCAGAGGGUACUUGAGUCAUGCUACAUCCCAAAUAAUGGUACUGCUAUGUCAUGUGAUAUCAAUAAGAAUAGUAUCUGCAAAAGGGCAAAAUGUGUUUGUUUUGACGAUUUCUUUGCCAAUACCACCAGUGGGAAUUGUGAGCCAAAGGCAGAUUACAUUGCAGCUCACAAUUUGACAGAAUAUCGGGUCAGGCCGUACGAAUACUGCAUCAGCAAAUCAGACUGUAUUGAUGGAUUGGAAUGUCAUGAUUUCAAGUGUAACUGUCCCGAGCCUUGCUAUUACAAUAGUACUGCUGAAAUCUGCGACUGCGGUGCUGUUGAACUAUCGCCUCAAGAGCAAGAGGGGGUGGUAGGACCUGCCAUAGUUGGUAUUCUGCUCGCCUUGCUAAUUGCGGCAUUUUGGCACCGCAUGAUCAAGAAGACGAUCAAAAAGCACACUAAAAAGGAGAAUGCCUCACACAAUGAGGUAGAUGCCACGGAAGAAACUCGCGGCACCUAUGCUCUUCAGCCAGUGUCGCCGCGCAGUGAGAUCAGAGGCAGUACAUUUCCCCUGGAAGUUCCAACUCCGUCAGGUACCCCUGUAAAGCAGCCCUUACCAGAUGGGUCUGAUACCAGAUCAGGAGCAAAUCCUAUUGUUUCUCCUCCUCCUCCCCCUCAGGCUUCUCUCUAUGGCUUCAGUAGUCCUCAGGGUGCUUGUGCUUUCCCCCCCACUGGCCCUAUUGCCCCACCCCCUUAUUCACCACUGACCCCUACUAAUGAACCUCCCCCACCAUACUCUCUUAACGCACAAGAAGGAAGUCUUAUUGCUCCCAUACCUGACUCAUCCAUUCCAGCUGCUUUGCCUUAUCCAUACAGUGCAACUACCCCUACCCCAUCUACUGUCAGCCCUGCUAACCUCACAGGAUCCUAUGGUGCCACAGCUCCACAACUGAAUCCUUCACCAGCCUUGCCUUAUCCAGUCAGUUCAGGUAUUUCUGAUCCGGUGUCCAAUGCUCCAAGUGCUGCAAGUGCUCCAUAUUAUGAGUUGGACUCCAAUAAUGCAUCUUUGCCAAGGAAAGAGUAAAAGAGGUCUGUAUACAUUGGAGGAUCAGCUAGUUGAUGUGCAGUUGGAUACCUCAUAGUAGCAGAUCACUUCUGGCAUAUGUGACUUCAAAGCAUUGUUUGUCCCUUUGAACUGGUUACCUGUAAUAGAAGGUAUGAGUAAUGAACUUUGGCCAGCCUAAGGUUGUUGCAAUAUUGUCAACAUAUGCAGGAGGUAUCACUGUCAAUGCAUAAAUUUUACUGCUGCAUGUGAUGUUAGUUUGAUUUGCAGAAAUGAGUGCAUUUUAAGGUGUAAGGGUUUUGCAUAGUGCAUGCCAUGGGACAAUCAGACGUUAUCUGAUGCUUAAACUGUUGCAGUUUUGAGCUACAGCAACUGUAAUGUUUUACGUUGUGGUUUUAAGCUAAAGCAACACUCAGUGUAGUUACCUGUUGUCUUGAGGAUAGUUCACUGCCAACAAUGGGAGCAAAAAGAUAUUUCUUGAAUCUUUGCAUUAAAAUUUUUUGGCUCAGGAAGUGUAAAUUAAAUUUUCUCAAUUCUGAUACACUUAAGUAUUGUUUUAACCUUUGUGAACUGCUUGUUGCUGUAGAGAUUUU